AUGUUAGUUGUUUUCACGUUUCCUAUUUUUCUUACUCUUCAACUGGCAAAAGCUGGAGCGAUUAAUUAUGUUCCAUUGAAUGGUUGCCAAUGGUCUAAUUGCAAUGUGGACGAUGCAAUUCCACCUCUUGCAAAUUACUCAAUUGAUUGUUGUGAACUCAAAGUUCCUCUCAAUUAUGCCAAGACAAAUGGAACGAAGAUUUCUAUAUCAAUGACACGUCUCACUCCUUCCAAUAAGAAUCAUACCACGAACAAUACUCUUUUCUUUCUGACAGGUGGCCCAGGUUCAUCCGGUUGGACGGCCAUUCAAUAUAUACCAAUUCUUUUUCCAGCACAUUACGGUAUAACUGUUAUACUUCCUGAUCAUCGUGGUGUUGGACUGUCAACUCCAUUGACUUGUGAUGAUCAUGGAUCACAGAAUCUAACCAUUGACUGUAUUUCUUAUUUGACUUCAAAAUGGAGUAUAGAUGGUUUAAAUCAAUUUUCAAUUACUUCAGCAGCUCAAGACUUGUCAGUUCAAAUUCAUUCUUAUCAAUCUGUCAGUUCUGGUCGCGUGUCCGUCUAUAGUUUGAGUUAUGGAACCAUAUGGCUCGAUCGUUUUCUUCAGAUCUAUCCAAAUAUGGUUCAGUCAGCUAUUAUGGACGGUGUUAUGCAUCCACAACUGUUUUCUAUGAGUCGCUAUGAUCUUUGGACAUCAUUAGUUGCUUCGCGAUUUUUAGGUUACUGUCAAUUUCAACCGGAAUGUAAUCGAUAUUUUCCUGUCCAUGAACCACCUCAAAUAAUGCUAGCUAGGAUACUUAAGGAAGUAGAUCAAAACAACCAACCAUGUAUUAAUGAUCAUCUUUUGCAAUAUCAUAUAACUAGCGAUAAGCUUCGAGGUCUAUUUCGUGGUUUGAUGUCAUCGAGCCGCUCAUUUUAUAGUCGUACUGUUAUACCAGCCGUUAUCUUUCGUUUAAAUCGUUGUAAUUCUGAUGAUGUCAAAAUACUGAAUUUUUUCUUCAAAGCUACUCUUGAAAGAACAGAAAAGUUAAGCGAAAGUCGUUCAACUCCUCCGCCCGCACUUUACGAUUCUCUUGUACUCGGUUUUAACAUAAUUCAAUCAGAACUUUGGUUAGGUAAAGAUGAAGAAGAAGUCGACGAAGGAACACUAUCCGCUUGGCAUAAUUCAACAUUAAUGGCUCUUGAAAAUUUUAAACUGUUUACAUCUCUACGAUCUGUAUGGCCUAAGUAUCCAUUAGAUGAAUAUUAUCACAGAAUAGCCAUUAAUGCAAACGUACUAAUGUUAUCAGGUCAACUCGAUCCAGCAACACAUCUUGAUUAUGCUACUCAUCUUGCAACAAUGACACGUAAAUCACGAACAUUUUACACUAUUCCAUUGGUUGGCCAUGUCGCUAUUCUUACAACAGUAGUUGAUUAUAAAUGUCCACUAAAACUUAUUUGUUCAUGGGCAUUUCCAAAUUUAUUUCCAUCUGAAUGGAAUGAUCCAAACUGUAUCCAGGAAUUUCCAACGACGAUAGAUUUUGUUGGAAAUGGUGAAAAAGAGCAAGAAUAUUCGAUAAUGUACUUGAAUAUAUCAAAACCAUUUGAAGAUAUUAACUUAACAACUCCGUCGGGUUCAAAUGUUCGCUCAAUAAGUGCAUACCAGUUCCUCACAUACUUUGUACUAGUAUUUCUAACAUUGUUUAUCUAG